AUGCGUGACAUGAAAUCUGCUACUAUGGAUAGUGAUGUUUCUUCCAAGGCAAAACUGCAUUCUCCCUCAACCUCGACAUUCCGCAGAAGCAGCAAGAAGAAUCCUGUUCUAGGAAACUAUGAGGGAUUGGGUCGGCAAGAGGCAGAGUUCCCCUGGCUGGAACUGAGUUUUCUAUCUCUUACAUUUUCAUUUAGAUCAAUUGUUUUUGCUGGGAAAGGUCUGGGAGAUGGUAGGUUAUCGAGUUCUCAAGUAGCAGAUAGGCGUUUCACAUAUUGGACAUGUGUGAACAAUGACAAUGACUCUGUUGAUUCUAUAUCUUACACCACUUCGGACUCACUGGUUCUGAUGAAUCGGGGAGAGAUUAACUACAAGGACAGCUUAAUGUCAUUUGUGAAGGGUUUGGGGCCAAUAGCAGAGAAGGUUGCAAGGAGGAAGCUAUUGCUGCAGAUUGAGCCAAAAAGUCAAAUUUCUGCAGCUAAACAAAGGAAAUCUAGUACUUGGGAUGCAAACGCAUUUAGGACAUUCAGUGACUUUGCUGCUGGCCGCUGUCCCAACCUCAAGGCAAGCAACAUAAUUGAUUUGACAGAAGAUGAAGAAGAAGCAAAAGGCGGAAAUAGGAGGGUGGAUUAUGGUAGCCCAGGAAAAGAGAAAAGUGAUUAUGGCAGAGCAGGAAAAGAGAAAAUUGACAGCCACAGGAGAGUGAAUGCUGUUGGCAUCAUUGGCAAACAAGAUGGGAUUGCUAGGAACCGAAAGAGCAACGAAACAGGAAGGAGUUGUACAGAAUUGAACUCUUCUUCAGGGAGCAGGAGCAACAACACCAGCUUGAGAGAAGCAGCAGGAAAGUCGGAUGAUACCAUGCGGCCAGUUAUAUUAGCUUUGGAGAACACUCAUACGAAUGUUGGUGAAUGUAAGUUAAGGAACAAGAAAAGCUGCAUAAAAUGGAGUGUGGCUGUGAAGAAGGGGCAGACGAAUGAGUUGUCUGCAGUGGGGCAAAAAGAAGGAAAGAAGUCGAUGCCAUUGAUGUCACAAUUCACAUUUGACCUUCCCUUCUUAAAAGCACGGCUGAAUGAGAUGAAUGUGGGUGGUGGUGAAAAAGGAGGAGUGGAGAGGGCCCUCAACUGCACGCAACAAGCAGAAUCAAUAGUGAUUAAGCCUUUCCUUUCCAGGCCAUCAUCAUUGGAUACUACCAACUUAGCACUUGAGCUUUAA